CAACGUCAACACACCUGCACGCCAGACUGGAUUUUCUUUCACGAUGGCAGCAGCUCACCGUCUUCUGUCUGCUGAUCAGUACUACUGCUCUGUGUGUCUGGACGUCCUGAAGGAACCGGUCAGCCUUACAUGUGGACACAACUACUGCCUGAGCUGCAUUAAUGGCUACUGGGACAUAUCAGACGAAGAGGGGAUCUACAACUGUCCUCUGUGCAGUCAAAUAUUUAAUGUGAGGCCUGUGGUUAAAAAAAAUGUAAUGUUGAAAGAUCUUAUAGCACAACUAAAUGGGACUGAGGUGUGUGUCUCAACAUAUCUGAAUUACUCUGGACCUGAUGACGUACCCUGUGAUGUGUGUAUUGGGAGAAAAAUGAGAGCAGUGAAGAGCUGCCUGACCUGCAUGGCCUCCUACUGUGAGAUUCACCUGCAGCCUCACCAGCAGUCUGAAGCCUUCAAUGCUCACAAACUGGAAGAGCCAACAGGAAACCUUGAAGAGAAAAUGUGUACGAAACAUCAGAAGGUACUGGAAAUCUUCUGUAGGACCAGUGAAAGCUGCAUCUGUUUACUGUGCAUGGUGACUGAACACAAGAGUCACGACACGGUGACACCUGAAGAAGAGAGAGCUGAGAGACAGAAUCAGCUGGACAACAGGAAGGCUGAAAUAAAAAGGAGAAUUGAGGAGAAGGAGAAGAAACUGGAAAGCACGAAGGAGACCAUAGCAAGGAUUCAGAGUUCUGCAGAUAGUGAAAUGCAGGAACACGAAGACCUCUUCUUGUCUGUACUUCAGUCCAUUGAGAGGCUGAGGUCAGAGAUCACCAAGGUGAUCAGAGAUCACGAGACUAGGGAAGUGAGAAAGGCCGAAAAAGUCAUCGAUCAGCUGGAGAUGGAAAUCAUGGAGCUGAAGAGGAGAGACGCUGAGCUGGCCGAGCUUUCACAGACAGAAGACCACAUCCACUUCCUAAAGAUGUUCCCAUCUAUCCCUGAUCUUCCUGAAGAUGAAGACUCUCCUGACAUCAAAGUCAAUGGAAAUUUACUGCCUGAGAUGCUGAGGAAAGACGUGGUAGACCUGAAAAAAAGUCUGGAGGAGAUUGUUGGCUGGGAGUUUGUGAAGACCAAUGAAACCGGUAUUAUCACCCCACGUUAUGUUCUGUCGAAUCUGAAUGGUAGAAACAACUUUUUACAAUACUUUUGUACACUCACCCUGGACCCCAACACAGCAAAUCGACGCCUUCGCCUGUCUGAAAAGAACAAAAAGGUGACAGACAAGAGGACAGUGACCCCCUAUCCCACACACCCUGACAGAUUCGACUUUUGGCCUCAAGUUCUGUGCAGAGAGGCUCUGAGUGGGACUCGCUGGUACUGGGAGGUCCAGUGGAGCGGAGAGAGGGCUGUGAUUGGAGUCGCAUAUAAAGGAAUAGAAAGGAAAGGGCACAGUGACGUGUGUCCUCUUGGAUCCAAUGACAAGUCCUGGUGCUUGUUCUGCUCCGAUUCCAGUUACAUUGUGCUGCACGAUAACAAGGCAAUUCAACUCAGCGCCCACGGCAGUCACAGGAUAGGUGUGUAUUUAGACUGGCCUGCUGGCCUUCUGUCAUUUUAUAGCAUCUCAUACAAAAUGAUCCUCCUGCACAGUUUCAAUGCUUCUUUCACUGAGCCACUCUAUCCAGGGUUUUGGGUUGGACCAGACUCCAGCAUCACAAUUUGCAAUCAAAACCCAUUUGACCAGUGACCAGCAUCCCUCAAAAAUUUCUUUACCACAGAUAUUUUUUUCAUGAUAUUAGGAAUGAAGAAAAUUCAAGGUUGUUGGUAUAGAGAAAAUUAGCAAUUAUGGAGGGACAACAUCACCUUGACUCAAGUUAGAGAUAAGACUAAGUCAGUCCUACUCUUUGUACUUACUUCUUUUAAGGUGUGGCUGAACACACACUGUUGUUACAUGACAACACAAAGCCAUUUUAGUGCAAAUUCAGUCCCGUAGAGACACAGGCUUACAGACAACAGGAGGAGAACCCAAAAGCUUCAGAGUUCAUGAAUAGUGAGGAUCAAAACAGGGAAGUUUCGAUUCACGUACAGUUUUGUAAAGCUGACACUAAAAUGUGUUUUCCUGGCAAUUUCACAAAACACAAAGCUCACUAAAAAUAGAUUUUUUUGAGGGGUUGGAAAUGUUUUUUGGGGUGGAGAGAAAUAACAGCACCCUACAGUCUUGUUCAUAUGUUUAGCUGCUUACCAGCAAGUUCAAUGUUUAUUUAUGCCUGCCAUUCACAUCACUACAGUGACACUCUUCUCUUCUUAAAAUGUGACAUGCUGUGUGUUCUUCUCAUGAAGACUCUCCAAAAUGCACCACUGUGCACAUCACUGGGGUUUCUCAGCAUGAAAGCUCACUACACGAGAAAGCUGCUUGUCCCCCUCAAACCACCUCUGUUACUUAGGAACUGCCC